UAUACUGGCUUCACUUUUCUUGCAAGUUUGAACAAAUAUCCAUCUAGAGCUUGCUAUCAUGGCUAGUAAGGAUGAAGCAUCAAUCAAAAUUGGAGGAGACAAGUACAGGUCUUUGUUGCAUGAGGAAGAAGCUAAUGGAAACAUCCAUUGGAGACACGGUGCUCCUCCCACUUUUGAUGACGUCAAUAAGCUCUUUGAAGCAGGCAGAACCAAGGAAUGGCCUAAAGGAUCCCUAGAAGAAAUAGUUCAGAAUGCUAUAAAGUCGUGGGAAAUGGAACUCUCUUACAAGACUCGCUUGCAAGAUUUCAAGACCAUAAACCCCGAAAAGUUCAAGCUCAUUGUUAAUGGAAGAGAGGGAUUACCAGCAGAAGAAACUCUCAGGAUUGGGAGCUACAACGCAUUGUUGAAGAAUUCUCUGCCAGAGGAGUUUAAGUACUACAAAGCCGAUGAAGAGAGCUUCGAGUCAUCUCAUGAUGCUUUCCGAUCAGCUUUUCCUCGCGGUUUUGCUUGGGAAGUGCUCAGUGUUCAUUCUGGACCCCCUGUGAUUGCUUACAAGUUCAGGCAUUGGGGUUACUUUGAGGGACCUUUCAAAGGUCAUGCUCCAACCGGGGAGAUGGUUGAGUUCAGUGGGAUGGGAAUUCUCAAGGUUGAUGAGUCCCUGAGGGCCGAGGAUGUUGAAGUUUACUACGAUCCAGCAGAGCUUUUUGGGGGUCUACUGAAGGGAUCACCGAUCACUGAAUCUCACACCAAACAAGUCCCCGAGAAUACUGCAACAUCUACCCGUCACUGUCCGUUCAACAAGUAGAAGAAACCUAUAUUUAAUUCUAUGCCUGAGCUCUCUCCCCUUCAUCUUUCCUGUUUCUGUCUCUCCUUCACCUUUAAUAACACAAUACCUAGUCAAUCCCAA